AACUCGGGAACCCAGAAAGAGCCGAGAGAGCGGCUUCGAGUCUGUGGCGCUCCGUCCAGCCGGUCCCGUCCGCUCCCGGACUGUCAGUCAGUUUCCUCGGGCUUGACCCGGCCGCGCCAUGAGCUCCACUCAGUUCAACAAGGGUCCGUCCUAUGGCCUGUCGGCCGAGGUCAAGAACCGGCUCCAGUCCAAGUAUGACCCACAGAUGGAAGGAGAGCUGAGGGGCUGGAUUGAGGGUCUCACAGAACUGAGCAUCGGGCCAGAUUUCCAGAAGGGACUCAAAGAUGGCAUCAUCCUAUGCACUCUCAUGAACAAGCUGCAGCCUGGCUCCGUGCCCAAGAUUAAUCGCUCACAACAGAACUGGCAUCAGCUGGAGAAUCUCUCCAAUUUCAUCAAGGCCAUGGUCAACUAUGGCAUGAACCCUGUGGAUCUCUUUGAAGCCAAUGACCUCUUUGAAAGUGGGAACAUGACCCAGGUUCAAGUGUCACUUCUGGCACUGGCCGGCAAGGCUAAGACAAAAGGGCUACAGAGUGACAUUGGAGUCAAGUACUCAGAGAAGCAAGAACGCAACUUUGAUGAUGCUAAAUUGAAGGCUGGGCAGUGUGUCAUUGGCCUCCAGAUGGGCACCAAUAAAUGUGCCAGCCAGUCAGGCAUGACGGCCUAUGGUACCCGGAGACACCUGUAUGAUCCUAAGAACCAGAUUCUGGCCCCGAUGGAUCACUCAACUAUCAGCCUGCAGAUGGGGACCAACAAGUGUGCCAGUCAGGUGGGCAUGACAGCCCCUGGCACCAGGAGGCACAUCUACGACACCAAGAUGGGCACAGACAAGUGUGACAACACCUCCAUGUCUCUGCAGAUGGGCUAUACCCAGGGUGCCAACCAAAGCGGGCAGGUGUUUGGGCUGGGACGGCAGAUCUAUGAUCCCAAAUACUGCCCCCAGGGUCCCACUGGAGAUGGGUCAGGGGUGGGCCCGGGCGACAGCCCCAGCUCCGUGGAGCCCCCCGAGUACCACUAUUACCGGGAAGAGGAAGGGUACUGAGCCCGCGGGCCCCCUCCCCUCCUGCCUUCCUCUCCUUCAUCCUCCCCCUCUUGUUACCCUCCCCUCCCUGUGCUCCUGGUUUGUGUCCUGCGCUGGGAGAAUUUUGCUCCUGCCUGAGCUCUCUCUUCCCUGUGGUCUCAGCCACAUCUCCCCCCAUCUCUGGGCCUUCGUUUCUCUAUUUGUCAGAGGAGGGGGCCGGGCCUGGCUGUCAAAGGGCUCCCUCCCGCACUGAUGUUGGUCGGUUCUAUGUGUCUUAGUAUCUCAUCUCCUGAGCAGAAGGAGCUAAACAGAGCGGGUGGGCAAGGAGUUCCCCCCUGGCCCUGGCCCUCCACCUCUCUCUCUUCAGCUCUGCGGGGGUGUGCGAGGGGCUGGGGGAUUAUGAAGGACCAGUCCUGCUCAUUCCUUGCCUGGACCAAACUGUCCCCCCUCUUCCUGAUCCCGCUUUGGCUCAGCCCUGGGUUCUGCAGAUGAAGGUCUUGGAGGGAGGAGGGGGAAAAUAGGGCCACCAUAGGGUUUCCUGUCAACGUUGAGCUUCCUGCUUAUGAGGUUAGCUGGUGGUUUCCUCAUCCCUGACAAAAGAUGUUGAAAAAUGAUGUUCUUUCAAAGGGGGGAGGGGAAAGAGCGACUGCUCCCUUUCUUUCUCCCGCACUUGUGCCCUUUCCCACAGGAGUAGGGAGGACCACUUCCAGGGGACCCCCAGGCAACCCUUCAACCGAAACUUCCUUAACCUAGUAAGGGACCAGUCUGGUUUUAACUUAAUGUAAGGAGAAAGACUCCAAAUAAAAGAAGCUACUUUGUAUUUCUGAAGAGGGAAGCUAGCAGCUCUAACCCUCCCUCUCUGAGCCCCAUCACAGCCCAGGGACUGCCUUCCUUGGGCUCCCGCACCUUCCCCAUCCCUCCCCACCUGGCAAAGGCUUGGUUCAGACUGGAUCAGCUGCCUUCCUUCUUGAACACUGCACAGCGGCCCUGCUGGGCUGGGCCAGGUCAGCCUGGCUCAGGGGGCUUUCCUGGGAGAGUCAUCCCAUCAGCCCUUGGGGUCUGGGAGAAGGACCUAGAAAUAAUGUGAAAUGGUGAUGUGGGAACACAGGCAAUAAAACACAUUCUUUGUUUAAGAAAUGAA